CGCGGCGUCACGCGGGCGGGGCGGCCAGAGUCCAGGGCGCCAGGGCAGCGGCCGGAGUCCGAUGGCGGCGGAGCAAGACCCCGAGGGGCGCGCGGCGGCGCGGCCGCUGCUCACCGACCUGUACCAGGCCACCAUGGCGCUGGGCUACUGGCGCGCCGGCCGGGCGCAGGAGGCGGCCGAGUUCGAGCUCUUCUUCCGCCGCUGCCCGUUCGGCGGAGCCUUCGCCUUGGCCGCGGGGCUGCGCGACUGCGUGCGUUUCGUGCGCGCCUUCCGCCUGAGGGACGCAGACGUGCAGUUCCUGGCCUCGGUGCUGCCCCCAGACACAGACCCCGCGUUCUUCCAGCAUCUUCGUGCCCUCGACUGCUCCGGGGUGACAGUGCGGGCCCUGCCCGAGGGCUCCCUCGCCUUCCCCGGCGUGCCGCUGCUGCAGGUGUCCGGGCCGCUCCUGGUGGUGCAGCUGCUGGAGACGCCGCUCCUCUGCCUGGUCAGCUACGCCAGGUGGGGCCCGGGCCGCCAGGUGGGGCCUGGGCCGGGACACCGACCUCCGCCCGAGGCCGGAAGCCUGGGCUCCCGGAGGAGGAGCGCGGACUUCCGGGCCCGGACCUGUGGGGCGUGGCCCGUGGGGGCGGAGCGCUGGGCCGGGACCCUGGCACGGGCCUCCAGCUCACGCUGUUCGGGUUUUCGGGUUUUCGGGAGAGGCCGCGCUCUGGGCGGCUUCCCGGCCCUCACCGCGGGUCCCCUACCCCCUUGCUCCCGCAGCCUCAUCGCCACGAACGCCGCGCGGCUUCGCCUGAUCGCAGGGCCGGAGAAGCGGCUGCUGGAGCUGGGGCUUCGGCGGGCUCAGGGCCCCGACGGGGGUCUCACCGCCUCUACCUACAGCUACCUGGGCGGCUUCGAUGGCAGCAGCAACAUGCUCGCAGGACAGCUGCGGGGCGUGCCGGUGGCCGGGACCCUGGCGCACUCCUUCAUCACUUCCUUUUCAGGCACCGAGGUGCCCCCUGACCCGAUGUUGGCUCCAGCGGCUGGUCAGGGCCCCAGGGUGGACCUGGCCGCCUGCGUGGAGACGUGGCUGGAGCGUGUCUGUGGCCACCUGGGGCUGGGGGUGCAGGAGCCACACCGGGGUGAGCGGGCAGCCUUUGUGGCCUAUGCCCUGGCCUUUCCCCGGGCCUUCCAGGGCCUGCUGGACACCUACAGUGUGCGGAGGAGUGGUCUCCCCAACUUCCUGGCUGUAGCCCUGGCACUGGAGGAGCUGGGCUACCAGGCAGUGGGAGUGAGGCUGGACAGUGGCGACCUGCUUCAGCAGGCUCAGGAGACCCGCGGCGUCUUCCGAACCGUGGCGGCCCAGUUCCGGGUGCCCUGGCUGGAGUCCAUCCCCAUUGCUGUCAGCAACAACAUUGAUGAGGAGGAGCUGGCCAGGCUGGCCCAGAAGGGCAGUGAGGUGAACGUCAUCGGCAUCGGUACUAGCGUGGUCACCUGCCCUCGCCAGCCUUCCCUGGGCUGUGUCUACAAGCUGGUGUCCGUGGGUGGCCAGCCGCGGAUGAAGCUGACUGAGGACCCCGAGAAGCAGACAUUGCCUGGGAGCAAGGCUGCCUUCCGGCUCCUGGGCUCCGAUGGGGCUCUGCUGUUAGACGUGCUGCAGUUAGCAGAGGAGCCACCUCCCCAGGCUGGCCAGGAGCUCAGAGUCUGGCCUCGAGGGACCCAGGAGUCCUGUACCGUGAGGCCGGCACACGUGGAGCCGCUGCUGCGACUCUGGGUCCAGCAGGGACAGCCCCUUCCUCCCUCUUCCCCCCAGCUGUGUGAGCCCCUCCCAUCUCUGGCCGAAUCUAGAGCCUUCGCCCAGCGGUCCCUGAGCCGUCUGAGUCCUGCCCACAGGCGGCUUGAGCAGCCUGCACUGUACCAGGUGGCGCUGUCUGAGAAGCUCCAGGCCCUGGUGGACAGACUGAGUGCCAGAGGUGCCCUCUGAGAAUCCCCUGCUGGGAGCUGCCUGAAAUUAACAUGAGUCACUCACUAUCCCCA